GUGAGCUUCGUAUCCCCAGUUCGAUGAACGCUGUCUGGUUGUCGUCAAACUGCUGCGUUACUUCAAACUGUUUCUCUACCCAUGUAUUGCGUUGGGGUUUAGUGGAGUCUACAGCCCUUUUGGGAACGUUGGCAGGUACCAUAUUUGUAGGAUGGGUAAGGAGAGUAGUGUUGAGUCGUCCGAAUAGUCGUGGUUUGUUAGUGAAGCGAAGACCUUUGAACCGUCGUUGUCCACGUUGCAGUGGUUUUGGCAUUUACAGAUGCCCUUUGUGUCGAGGAGGUGGUUUAGUGGAUUACGAGAAGAAAUACCUACACAGUGACCCUUGUCCAAUGUGCUUCUGUAAUAGAUUCGUCACUUGCAUUCUUUGUAAGGGAAGUGGUGUGCGACCAAAAGUUGCUUUGCAGUCUGACUCCAGUCAAUAUCGUUUGCUACCGAAAUUUUCACAAUUAUUGCAGGUUUGGAAAGGGUACCGUGUAUUGCAGCCCUCUAGUUCUUUUUUAUUCUUUAAACAGGUCGAGAAUUCUGGUUCGCCAUUGGGUAUGAACUGGACAACUUUCCCAAUGGCCGUAGCUACAGCAACCUUGUUUUUAAGGUUCUUAAGACGCUUACGCAGCAAAACUUCUUUCUCAUAACUACUCUUUUCGUCAUUUUGUAUCUUCUGUAACUUUAGCUUUUCAUUUUGAAAUAAAUGUAAACUUUGGCUU